AGUGGGUGGAAUCAUCCCAAAAUGGUGUCCACUCAUCAAAAAAUGGCUGCACAAAUCACUCUCAAAUGCCUAUUGGUACCCCUAAAGGCCCAAAGGCAGCUCAAAAUGUCUCCUUCAUCACCCAUGGGACUCCAAGACCCCAGACACCUCCUCCAUCACCCAUAGGACAUCUGGCCCCCAAACCUUCUUCUCCAAAAUCCAAUUGGACACCUAGAACCCAAAAUAUCUUAUCUGAAAUCACAAAGGACACCCUGGCUCUAUAGGACACCCAGAUCCCAAAACACCUUCUAUACCACCAACUGACACUGAGAACCCAAAUACCUCUUCCAUCACCCAUGGGACAUCUGGAACCCAAAAUAUCUUCUCCAUCACCCAAGAGCCAACUAGAAUCCAAACCAUACUCUCCAAAAUCCUGUAGGACACCUAUAAUACCUCUUCAUCAUACAACUUCCAUCACCUUUGGGGCACCUAGAACCCCAAAUACCUUCUCUGAAAUCCCCAGGACAUUUUCUGGCCCUGUAGCGGCCCUAUAUGCACAUUAUGGCUUCUUCCCUAAGCAGAUGGUGACAGUCAGGGAGGACCAAAUCAUGCAGCAGAACCCCCUGAAAUCCGACUUCAUCGAGGACAUGGCCAUGGUGACACUCCUCCUUGAGGCUAUUGUCCUCUACAACCCCAAGGAGUGCUUUGACUCCUGGAUGAUUUGCAUGCGUCUUCCAAGUAGCCUCUGGGGUGACCCCACAGCCUACAGGGCUGCUCCAACAUCUGUACAGUGACCUCACCACCUGUAGGGUAGAAGGAAUUUGGUGACUUCUCCAUGAAGAUCUGGGUGGUCACCUUGUGCCCAUAGGGUUUGAGGCGCAUAGAAUGUGGUGGUUUUCCUCCAGAGUUCUUUGGUCACCUAGAACUGGGAGGUCCCACUGGGCCACCUCGAAUAGGCACAUCCCAUCUGAAAACCCUUUGGGCUGCCUAGAAUCAAGGAUACUACCUGAUGUCCCUGACCCACAUCCCCUUCUCCAGACCUACUUGGGGCCAUUCUGCAUUACCAUCAAGCCAUACAAGUGGCUUCUUCUCUACAGUGCUGAGGUGGUGGCUGCCUAAUGGGGCAAGAAGCAGAGCAAAGCUCCUUCUCACAUCUUCUCCAUCUUGUAUAGCACCUACCAGAAUGCACUAAUGGGUAGGGACUUCCUCUGGGACGUCCUCAGCCCCAUAACUUUGUCCCCAUCCCUUCUUUGGGGCUUGGUUUGUGGCAGAGCUUUGGGGCCUUCUUGUCUCACCAGAUCAGGAGAACCCAUCCAUCCUUACCGUGUGAGCCCAACCUCAUGCUUGUAGGUUUAACCCCACCCUCAGUCCAUGACACCAUCCCUAUCCAGGUGGGGAAGAUGGUCAACAUCAAGAGGGUAUCUUGCCAUCGUCACUGCCAUCAGCAACCGUGGAACGAGGGACACAAAGACAUGGCAAGGUGAGAACACCAAGGGGACAUCUCAGGUUCUGGCCACCACCUGGCUAUCCGUCCAGCCCUUUCUGUAAAGAAGUGUUUCCUGACAUCCAACCUAAACUUACCGUGGUGCAACUUGAGACCAUUUCCUCUCGUCCUGUCAUCACUGAGAAGAGACCAACCCCACUCUGCUGUAAGCACCUUUCAGAUACUGGAAGAGAGCAGUCAGGUCUCCCCUCAGCCUCCUUUUCCUCAGACCAAACAGCCCCAGUUCCCUCAGUUGCUCCUCGUAGGCCAUAUUCUCCAAGCCCUUCUCCAGCCUUGCUGUCCUUCCUUGGGCCUGCUGCAGCACCUCCAUGUCUUUUCUGUACUGAGGUGCCCAAAGCUGAACACAGCACUCGAGGUGAGGCCUCAACAGUGCUGAGUUCAUUUGAAGGCUGAAAGGAUCCACCACAUCUUCUACCAGAUCCUCUCCAACAAGAAGCCUGAGCUUUUGGGUGAGAUUCUCUCUCAUCCUACUGGUGGACAAGCAUCCCCAAAAUGAUUUUGGCUUUCUCAACUCCCUUGUCUCCUUGCAGACACGAUGCUGGUGACCAACAACCCUGUGACUGUCUUUGUCUCUCAAGGAGAGACCAUGGUGGCAUCCAUUGAUGAUGGCAAAGAGCUGUUCGCCACAGACAUGAGUUGGAGGACUACAGACAGUGUGGGGAACUGCCAGCAGAAGAUCCCAUCCCAGAUUUUCCCCAUUUCUCUCUAUAGAGUGCUUUUAGUGUGUCAGACUUUACCCCAGAGGAGAACUCCAUCUGCAAGCUGAUGGGCACCAUGCUGCUCUUCAGCAACGUGAAAUUCAAGGAGAAACAGUGGGAGGAACAAACAGAGCCAGAUGGCACUGAAGAGGUGGACAAGUCAGCCUACCUAAUGGCUCUGAACUCAGCCAACCAUGCCACCCCUGAGUGAGAGUGGGCAACAAGUAUGUCUCCAAGGAGCAGAGGGUCCAGCAGGUGAUCUACUCCACUGGGGCUCGUCUAUGGCCGUCUAUGAGAAGAUGUUCAACUGGAUGGUGGUUAGGAUCAACAGCUCACUGGAGACCAAACAGCCUCAUCAAUACUUCACUGGUGUCCUGGACUUUUCUCCCUUGAGAUCUUCAGUGUGAGGCCCUGGGAAGCUGCUAUGGGGCUGAGCAAUUUGGGAGAGACUGGGGACCAUGAGUUGACCAUGAGUUCUUCACUAUGAGAGUGUUCAACAGCUUUGAGCAGCUCUGCAUCAUCUCCACCAAUGAGAAGCUGCAGCAGUUCUUCGACCACCACAUGUUUGUGCUGGAGCAGGAAGAGUACAAGAAGGAGGGCAUCGAGUGGGAGUUCAUUGAUUUUGGCAUGGCCCUGCAGGCCUGCAUUGAUCUCAUCGAGAAGCACUACAGAUCUGUUCCUGUUUCCUGUGUCAGAGCCAGAGACUGAAGAUGGAGGCAGCGCUGGGUGUGGCUGCCCCCUUCCUGCGUGCCCCUGAGGGGUCCCGUCCAACCCCACCAGCUGACACUCGAGGGCUCUGCUUCGUGCCGCACCCCCAGCUUGAGUUCGUCCGUGGCCGCAUCACCGCCCGGGCAGGGAAUGGGGUCACCGUCACCACGGAGAUGGGGGAGACCCUGACAGUGCCUGAGGCCGACGUGCACCCCCAAAACCCCCCAAAAUUUGACCGCAUUGAGGACAUGGCCAUGCUGACGUUCCUUCAUGAGCCUGCCGUUCUCUACAAUCUCAAGGAGCGCUAUGCUUCCUGGAUGAUAUAUACCUAUUCGGGGCUCUUUUGUGUCACCGUCAACCCAUACAAGUGGCUUCCGGUCUACAAUGCUGAGGUGGUGGCUGCCUACCGGGGCAAGAAGCGAACUGAGGUCCCACCCCAUAUCUUCUCCAUCUCAGAUAAUGCAUACCAGAACAUGCUGACAGAUCGUGAGAACCAGUCCAUCCUCAUCACUGGAGAAUCCGGAGCGGGGAAGACUGUUAACACAAAGAGGGUCAUCCAGUACUUUGCCAGCAUUGCUGCCAUUGGUGACCGCAAAAAGGAGGUAGCAAAUAGUAGCAAGGGGACCCUGGAGGAUCAAAUCAUCCAGGCCAACCCUGCCUUGGAGGCCUUCGGCAACGCCAAGACUGUCCGCAAUGACAACUCUUCUCGAUUUGGGAAGUUCAUCCGAAUCCACUUUGGGGCUACUGGGAAGUUGGCAUCAGCCGAUAUCGAGACUUACCUCCUGGAGAAGUCCCGAGUCAUCUUCCAGCUGAAGGCUGAGCGGAACUACCACAUCUUCUACCAGAUCCUCUCCAACAAGAAGCCUGAGCUUCUGGAGAUGCUACUUAUCACCAACAACCCUUAUGACUACAGUUACGUCUCCCAAGGAGAGGUGACUGUGGCCUCCAUUGAUGACUCGGAAGAGCUGUUGGCAACCGAUAGUGCUUUCGAUGUCCUGGGCUUCACUGCUGAGGAGAAGGCUGGUGUUUACAAGCUGACGGGCGCCAUCAUGCACUUCGGCAAUAUGAAGUUCAAGCAGAAGCAACGGGAGGAGCAGGCGGAGCCAGACGGCACCGAAGAUGCCGACAAGUCGGCUUACCUGAUGGGGCUAAACUCAGCCGACCUCCUCAAGGGGCUGUGCCAUCCCCGGGUGAAGGUGGGCAAUGAGUAUGUCACCAAGGGACAGAGCGUCCAGCAAGUCUACUACUCUAUUGGGGCUCUGGCCAAGGCCGUCUAUGAGAAAAUGUUCAACUGGAUGGUGGUCAGGAUCAACAACUCACUGGAGACCAAACAGCCUCGUCAGUACUUCAUUGGUGUCCUGGAUAUUGCUGGCUUCGAGAUCUUCGAUUUCAACAGCUUUGAGCAGCUCUGUAUUAACUUCACCAAUGAGAAGCUGCAGCAGUUCUUCAACCACCACAUGUUUGUGCUGGAGCAGGAAGAGUACAAGAAGGAGGGCAUCGAGUGGGAGUUCAUUGAUUUUGGCAUGGACCUCCAGGCCUGCAUUGAUCUAAUUGAGAAGCCCAUGGGGAUCAUGUCCAUCCUGGAGGAGGAGUGCAUGUUCCCCAAAGCUUCAGACAUGACCUUCAAGGCCAAACUCUUUGACAACCACUUGGGCAAAUCGGCCAAUUUUGGGAAACCCAGGAAUGUCAAAGGGAAGGCGGAAGCCCACUUCUCACUCAUCCACUACGCGGGCACAGUGGACUACAAUAUCAUCGGUUGGUUGGAGAAGAACAAGGAUCCCCUCAAUGAGACAGUGGUGGGGCUCUACCAGAAGUCAUCCCUCAAGCUGCUGGCCAGUCUCUUCUCCAACUAUGCUGGGGCAGAUGCUGGUGGUGACAGUGGAAAGGGGAAAGGAGCCAAGAAGAAAGGUUCCUCCUUCCAGACUGUCUCAGCCCUGCACCGGGAGAACCUCAACAAGCUGAUGGCCAACCUCAAGACAACCCAUCCCCACUUUGUCCGCUGCCUCAUCCCUAAUGAGAGGAAGGAGCCAGGUGUGAUGGACAACCCACUGGUGAUGCAUCAGCUCCGCUGCAAUGGGGUGCUAGAGGGCAUCCGCAUCUGCCGCAAGGGUUUCCCCAACCGCAUCCUCUAUGGGGACUUCCGCCAACGGUACCGUAUCCUGAACCCCACAGCCAUCCCUGAGGGGCAAUUCAUUGACAGCCGCAAGGGCGCUGAGAAGCUCCUGGGAUCCCUUGACAUUGACCAUAACCAGUACAAAUUUGGGCACACCAAGGUCUUCUUCAAGGCUGGGCUGCUGGGGCUGUUGGAGGAGAUGCGGGAUGAGCGCCUCUCCCUCAUCAUCACCCGCAUCCAAGCUCAAGCCCGGGGCCAGCUCAUGCGCAUUGAGUUCAAGAAGAUUCUGGAGCGCCGGGAUGCACUCUUGGUAAUCCAGUGGAACAUCCGGGCCUUCAUGGGGGUGAAGAACUGGCCAUGGAUGAAGCUCUACUUCAAGAUCAAGCCCCUGCUGAAGAGCGCUGAGACUGAGAAGGAGAUGCAGACAAUGAAGGAGGAAUUUGGGCAUCUGAAGGAAGCCUUGGAGAAGUCAGAGGCACGUCGGAAGGAACUGGAGGAGAAGAUGGUUUCCAUGCUGCAGGAGAAGAAUGACCUCCAGUUGCAAGUGCAGGCCGAACAAGACAAUCUCGCUGAUGCUGAGGAGCGCUGUGAUCAGCUGAUCAAGAACAAGAUCCAGCUGGAGGCCAAAGUGAAGGAGAUGACAGAGAGGCUAGAGGAAGAAGAAGAGAUGAACGCCGAGCUGACAGCCAAGAAGAGGAAGCUUGAGGAUGAGUGUUCAGAGCUUAAGAAGGACAUUGAUGACCUGGAGCUGUCUUUGGCCAAGGUGGAGAAGGAGAAACAUGCCACAGAGAACAAGGUCAAGAACCUUACAGAGGAGAUGGCCGGGCUGGAUGAGAACAUCACCAAGCUGACCAAAGAGAAGAAGACCCUGCAGGAGUCUCACCAGCAAACCCUGGAUGACCUGCAGGCUGAGGAAGACAAGGUCAACACUUUGGCAAAGGCCAAAGUGAAGCUGGAACAGCAAGUGGAUGAUCUGGAGAGCUCACUGGAACAGGAGAAGAAGAUACGGAUGGACCUGGAGCGAGCCAAGAGGAAGCUGGAAGGUGACUUGAAGCUAGUUCAGGAGAGUGUUAUGGACCUGGAGAAUGACAAGCAGCAGCUGGAGGAGAGACUGAAAAAGAAAGACUUUGAACUCAACACACUCAACACUCGAAUUGAGGAUGAGCAAGCGAUUGCUGCUCAGCUCCAGAAGAAGCUGAAAGAGCUUCAGGCACGGAUUGAGGAGCUGGAGGAGGAACUAGAGGCGGAGCGGACAGGCCGGGCUAAGGUGGAGAAGCUGCGCUCAGAGCUGCUGCAGGAACUGGAGGAGACCAGUGAGCGGCUGGAGGAGGCAGGCGGUGCCACUUCGGUGCAGCUUGAGCUUAACAAGAAGCGGGAAGCUGAAUUCCAGAAGCUACGGAGGGACCUGGAGGAGGCCACAUUGCAGCACGAGGCCACGGCUGCCGCACUGCGCAAGAAGCACGCCGACAGUGUGGCUGAGCUGAGUGAGCAGCUCGACAACCUGCAGCGUGUCAAGCAGAAACUGGAGAAGGAGAAGAGUGAGCUCAAGCUGGAGCUGGAUGAUGUCAGCUCCAACACGGAGCAGCUCAUCAAGGCCAAGGCCACCCUGGAGAAGAUGUGCCGCACCAUGGAGGACCAGAUGAAUGAGCACCGCAGCAAGUUGGAGGAGGCUCAGCGCACUGUCACUGACCUCAGCACCCAGCGAGCCAAGCUCCAGACAGAGAAUAGCGAGCUCUCAAGGCAGCUGGAGGAGAAGGAAGCUUUCAUCAACCAGCUGACACGAGGGAAACUCACCUACACUCAGCAGCUGGAGGACCUCAAGAGGCAGCUGGAGGAGGAGGCCAAGGCCAAGAACGCGUUGGCCCACGCCCUCCAAUCAGCCCAGCAUGACUGUGACCUGCUGCGAGAGCAGUACGAGGAGGAGAUGGAGGCCAAGGCGGAGCUCCAGCGUGCUCUCUCCAAGGCCAACUCUGAGGUGGCCCAAUGGAGGACCAAGUACGAGACUGACGCCAUCCAACGCACUGAGGAGCUGGAGGAGGCCAAGAAGAAGCUGGCACAACGACUUCAGGAAGCUGAGGAGGCUGUGGAGGCGGUCAAUGCCAAGUGCUCCUCCUUGGAAAAGACCAAGCACCGGCUGCAAAAUGAGAUUGAGGACUUGAUGGCGGAUGUAGAGAGGUCAAAUGCAGCAGCUGCUGCUCUGGACAAGAAGCAGAGGAACUUUGACAAGAUCUUGUCGGAAUGGAAGCAGAAGUUUGAGGAGUCGCAAACAGAGCUGGAGGCAUCACAGAAGGAGGCUAGGUCCCUCAGCACUGAGCUCUUCAAGCUGAGGAAUGCCUACGAGGAAUCACUGGAGCACCUGGAGACCUUCAAGAGGGAGAAUAAGAACCUCCAAGAGGAGAUCUCGGACCUCACAGAGCAGCUGGGAGCCAGCCAAAAAUCCAUCCAUGAGCUGGAGAAAGUCCGGAAGCAACUGGAUGCCGAGAAGCUGGAGCUGCAAGCAGCACUGGAGGAGGCAGAGGCAUCUCUCGAACAUGAGGAAGGGAAAAUCCUGAGGGCCCAGCUAGAGUUUAAUCAAGUGAAGGCUGACUAUGAACGCAAGCUUGCUGAGAAGGAUGAGGAGAUGGAGCAAGCCAAACGCAACCACCUGCGGGUGGUGGACUCACUGCAGACCUCACUGGAUGCAGAGACACGAAGCCGAAAUGAAGCCCUGAGGCUGAAGAAGAAGAUGGAGGGUGACCUCAAUGAGAUGGAGAUCCAGCUGAGUCAUGCCAACCGUACGGCAACUGAGGCCCAGAAGCAAGUCAAGGCACUGCAGGGCUAUCUCAAGGACACCCAAUUACAGCUGGAUGAUGCUGUACGAGCUAAUGAGGACCUGAAAGAGAAUAUUGCCAUUGUGGAGCGGAGGAACAACCUCCUCCAGUCGGAGCUGGAGGAGCUGCGGGCUAUGGUGGAGCAGAGCGAGAGGGCUCGCAAAUUGGCUGAGCAGGAACUGAUUGAGGCCAGUGAGCGGGUCCAGCUUCUCCACUCCCAGAACACCAGCCUCAUCAACCAGAAGAAGAAGAUGGAGGCCGACAUCUCCCAGCUGCAGACAGAGGUGGAAGAAGCCAUCCAGGAGUGCCGGAAUGCCGAGGAAAAAGCCAAGAAGGCCAUCACUGAUGCGGCCAUGAUGGCGGAGGAGCUGAAGAAGGAGCAGGACACAAGUGCCCACUUGGAGAGGAUGAAGAAGAACAUGGAGCAGACUGUCAAGGACCUCCAGCUGAGGCUGGACGAGGCUGAGCAGCUGGCCCUCAAGGGAGGCAAGAAGCAGCUGCAGAAGUUGGAGGUUCGGGUGCGGGAGCUGGAGAAUGAGCUGGAGGCUGAGCAGAAGCGCAACGCUGAGAGCAUCAAGGGACUCCGCAAGUCAGAGAGGCGUGUCAAGGAGCUCAGCUACCAGACAGAGGAGGACCGGAAGAACAUGGUGAGGCUGCAGGAUCUGGUGGACAAGCUGCAGCUGAAGGUGAAGGCCUAUAAGAGGCAGGCAGAGGAGGCGGAAGAGCAGGCCAACUCCAACCUGGCCAAGUUCCGCAAGGUGCAGCACGAGCUGGAUGAGGCAGAGGAACGUGCCGACAUGGCUGAGUCCCAGGUUAACAAGCUGCGGGCACGGAGCCGUGACAUUGGUGCCAAGAAAGGACUCAAUGAGGAAUGAAAGCCCCAGAUGCUCUGCCUUCCGGCCCCAGCCUCUGACCAAUUCCCUUUGGAUCUCCCAACUCUCCUGCUUUCAGCCAAUAAAAAUUGUUGAGCAGCAGCAGCUGCAUGUGUGGGGCAGGGCUUGAUGUGGGAUAGGGCUUAGUGUGGGUAGUGCAAUGGGGUUGGUGUGGGAGCCAUGGAGAUGGAGAGUGGCCAUGAGUGUGAGAUGGCCACUCAGGCUAUCCCACAAUGCCGUGCAUUUUGUCUCAUGGUGAGUGAACCUCAACGCAACUGGCUGUGGGGCACUAUGGGUUGCUACAGCACAGUAUGUUCCCCUAUGCACUUCUAUGGGUCCCUGCAGGUCCCUGUGUGACAGUGUGUCAUUAUCGCUCCCAUAUGGGUCUCUAUUUGUUCCCUUUGGCUCCCUGUGGUUCUUAUAUGGCUCUAUUGGGUUCUAUGACUCUGUGUGAUGUUCUUGUGGUUCCCUAUGGGUGCUGUGGGUUCUGCCUCUGACAGACUGUGGGAACGGACCACCCCCGUGGCCCCACCCCAGGAAUUUGUCACUUGCCAAGGACAAAGAAGAGACAAAGAGGCAGAGGUGGGGCCAGGUGAUAAGGAGGUCAGAAAUAGCCCCAUCCUUCUCCUCCUGUCUGCAGCGGGAAGUGGUGGCUAUGGUGUGUACUGUAGAGCCCCAUAGGGAUCCACAGAACCCAUUGCUUAUAGGCAAAGCAGAAGCUUACGGGGCAUAGCUUACAGGGCAAAGCUGUGGGGGUUAUGGGACAGAGCUUAUAGGGCAGAGGUGGCUCUAUUGGAUACAAUGGGUGCUGUCGGGAGAACUGGGAAACAUAGGGCAGAGUGUAGCAUCUAUGUGACACAAUUUCAUGUAGGUUUCUCCAAAAGUAAUGCUUCCUGGGUAUUUUCAUGGAAACAACACCAGAUACAAAGAGCGCAAUAACACUAUUUAAUAAAGCAACAUCAUCACCACCAUUAGCCAAUUUGCACAGAUUGGCUCAUCCAGACGCUCUUCAUUUUGUGGUGUGACAGCUCUGCACGGCUCUCUGGAACAUGGCAUGUCUGUCACGUCACCAUCCCGCUGCUGAAAUGCACCACCCACCCCUCACUGUGUUCACAGCCAUUUGCUUGUCUCCAUCAACAUUCAGCAAGCAUCAGUGACUGUCAGUGCGUGCAAUUCUUUCCUCACAGGAAUUCAAUUAUGCCCCUUUG